AUGGCUAGUGAUGAAGUUGUCAGUUUGAAUGAUGUGUCUGAUUCUUCAUUGCAAGAAGGCUAUUCUCUCUCUGUCAAUGGCGUUCUUGUUUCACCAACCGGAGUUUUCUCUGCCCGAUUUUACCCUGUCGGGGACAACGCUUACUGUUUCUCUAUAUGGUUCACAGAACCAUCUUGCAAUAGAGAUUCUUGCACCAUUGUUUGGAUGGCCAAUCGUGAUUUUCCUGUUAAUGGCGUUCGCUCAAAGCUCUGGUUGCAAACCACUGGUAAUCUAGUCUUAACUGAUGCUGGACCUAGGUCCAUUGCCUGGUCUACACACACAGCUUCCCUCUCCUCGACGGAGCUCAUCCUACUUGACACCGGCAAUCUUGUUCUGCGAAGUCUGAAUGGUGUUAUUCUCUGGCAAAGCUUCGAUUCACCCACCAAUACCCUUCUUCCUUCGCAACGAUUUAACAAAGAUGUGCAACUUGUCUCCUCAAGAACACCAACAAACUUUUCCUCUGGUUUCUACAAGCUGUUCUUCGACAACGAUAAUCUUCUUCGACUUCUGUAUGAUGAUUCAGAGGUUACAAGUGUUUACUGGCCAACCCCAUGGCUUCCGCCCUGGCUUACUAACAGAUUCCCCUACAACAGCAGUAGAUUUGCCUUUCUCGACAGUUUGGGCAAGUUUACUUCAUCAGAUAAUUUAUCGUUUGUAUCAGCAGAUUACGGAGUGAGACUUCAGCGAAGAUUGGCACUUGAUUUCGGGCUUUUUGUGGCAGACAAAAAGCUUGUUUGGCGCCUGUUUGACAGACGCCAGAGCCUGGCGCCUGUUUGA